AUGUCAACACCGGGUCCAAUGAUAUCAGGUUUCAGAAUUCCAGGGCUUGCUGUAUUUGGUCCUCUUGAUGAAAAGGUAGCGACCUUUGGAGCGAGUGGAUCUGAUGUGGCGCCAUUGAACAAGAUUGUGGAUGUAGGUGUUGAGGUUAAGUUUAAUAUUCUGUCUGUGGUGCUUGCUCCAACAGUGAGAAUCCAUGGGGCCUCAUUUGAUAAAGAACCAUGGUAA